CGCCUUGAUUAUUCCUCGCUGCUUACACGUUCUUCAGUCAAACUUGUCUCAUCCAGAGCUCUCGGGCAAAGAUAUGAAAGAAUUCAUGGAGAAGUCGUUAACACAAAUGUGCCAACAGCUUACCAAUGUUGUCGACGAUCGGUUUGCUCACUUGAAGAGAGAAUUGUCUGCUGAUAAUUCAGCGACGCUAGAAACCUUCGCGAACAAGAAGGCUCGCUUAGAGAAACCUCAAUUUAAGUCAAAGGGCAAUGAGCAGCAAUGUAAUCACCAGCUUGGUGUGCUGGACACAGUGGAAAGUGCUACCACAGCUCUCGAGCAUCAAGAUAUCGAUAAAGCUAUCAGCUUCCUACAAGAAGGUAAAGUAGCCAUAGAAGCAAGAAUGAAGCUUAUCAAAUUAGCUGAUACGAGCGACCAUGGUUGGCAAACCGUAGCUGAAUAUAUGACUAACGAGCUAGCCGAUAAUUCAGAUGAGGAGAAACGGAACGACCGCGCAGAGAAAACUGCUGAAAAGAAGGCGAAGAAAGCCAAGGCAUCCAAAACAUCAAAGUCUCGGCCGUUUCAGGGCUAUCCAAACCGUAUUCCAUAUCGUAAUUCUAUGGCCUCACGUCGACCAGUGUUCCCUGACCACAAUGGUCCAAGCGGGAACGCAAUUGGGCCUUGUUAUAAGUUAAGUGGUGCAUCCAUGUAUAUAGCAUUGUGUUUUGCUUUAGAGUCACAACACUACAGGUCGACAGCCGUCAUACGACUGCUUUGUUCUUACCUCGAGCGUUUAAGCAGCAAUAAACACAAAGUGCUUCAAGCAACAUGUUGA